AUGGCUCAACCCCAGCCUUCUGGAGCGAGGGCGCUGGCCGCGUUUGUGAAAUACCUCGAACUGCAGGGGCUGCCGGGCAGUCCUGCAGUAAAGAGAAGGCGUCGGGCUCCGGCAAGGCCUUUAGCUUCGCCAGGUGCAGCCCCAGAAAGCUGCCCUGCGUUUUGGGAGCCAAGACAGCUGGGGAUGGAGAUGGGAGGUGCCACUCCCAUGGGUUCCAUGGCCCAGGGUAUCUCUGGUGGAAUGUCUGGUGGAAUGCCAGGACAGCAAGUGAUGCAUCAGGCGAACCAGCAGCCUAGCCAGCAUGAGAUGAAGCCGCUGGUCCAAUCCAAUCAUUUGGCCAACCAGUGGCUGAACCACCAGGCGAACCAGGUGAAGCUCGAGCAGCCAAGCCAGGUGAAGCACCAGGGAAUCCACCAGCCGAGCUUGGGCCAGAACUGUGUGACCCAGCAGCUGAGCCCGCAAUCCCAAGGCAUAGCUGGCACACCCCAAGGCUAUUGGCCCACAAACCAACCUCGUUGGUCCCCCCCGGCUGUGCCAUUUGCCUCACCCAUGACACAGCCGCUGCAUGUGUUUCCGUCCAAGGAUGCUUCAAGGCAGCGUAGCCGGAAGCGCAGCCCUGAUCGCUUCCACGACAUUCGAAAAUGGGUGCAGAAAGUGCCCUUCUGA